AAACAGUUGACGAGUUGCUUUCAUGCCCAACGGACGUUGCAGAAAGCGAAGAGAACUGAACUGAACUGAACGAAAGUAAAGCGAAAUGACAGACAGAAUCAACAGCUAGCUAAUAAUACAACAACACAAUACAUUAUAAACUAUAAUAGAAUUAAAUUAAUUCGCUUUGCUUGGCAACAACAAUUCAACUACACCAUAUUUCGCGAUUCGUCUUCUCUUCUACGGUUCGCGCAUUGAAAGCAAGUUAUGUGAUAAGCAAUUUAUGCGUGUGCUUUUUUCGCAGUGAAUUUAUCCUGCGUAUUUGUGCGUGUCUAAACGUGUGUGAGUGCGUACGGUAGUGUUAGUGUUUGUGUGUGAGCGCCAAUAACUGCGCAGGACGCGACGGGAAAAGCUCCUUUAUCAGUGAAGAGCUGCUACACAGCAGCCUGUUUGUAAUCAGACACAUCAAGACAAGGUCAAGAAAACAGCUGGCACGAUACAAAAUUCAAAAUAGAAACCAUUCUAUAAACACGAUUCGGUUUGUGAAAGGAAUUGAAUUAUAAUUGGCUUAAUUUAUUAAAAAUAAAAGAACAACGUAAUUGCGUAUAAUUUUUUUAUUUGACGACGACGCAACAAAGAGCACAAGCAACAAAAUGUCUUCCAUGGCUGCAUUUGAUCAAAUCAAAAUUGGACUCAAAAUGGUCGACUUCAAGGUCCAACAGCGUCGUUAUCGCACAAGCGAAAAGACUGUCGUCAGCACCACAUAUGGUCCCAUCAAGGGGGUCAAACGCAAGUCCAUCUAUGGGCAAUCCUACUUCAGUUUCGAGAAAAUACCCUUCGCCAAGCCGCCCAUCGGUGAGUUGCGCUACAAGGCGCCGCAGCCGCCAGAGAUUUGGACUGAAGUCAAGAGCUGUACCUCUCAGGGCCCGAAGCCACUGCAGAAGCACUUUGUAUUCGAGAUGACAGAUGGUUCCGAGGAUUGCCUCUAUCUGAAUGUCUACACAAAGAAUUUAUAUCCCACAAAACCCAUGCCUGUGAUGGUCUGGAUUUAUGGCGGUGGCUUUCAGUUUGGCGAGGCCUCAAGAGAAUGCUACAGUCCCGAUUACCUGCUUCGCGAGGAUGUCGUUGUCAUCUCAAUCAACUAUCGCCUCGGUCCACUAGGUUUCCUUUGCCUCGAGGAUCGCGAAUUCGAUGUACCCGGCAAUGCAGGACUCAAAGAUCAAGUGCUGGCUCUGCGUUGGGUCAAGGCCAACUGCUCGCGCUUUGGCGGCGACUCCAGCAACAUCACGAUCUUCGGGGACAGUGCAGGCAGUGCCUCGGUGCAUUAUAUGAUGAUCACGGAACAGACGCGCGGUCUUUUUCACAAGGCCAUCUGCAUGUCCGGGAACACGCUCUCGCCGUGGGCCGUAACACCGCAGCGCAAUUGGCCCUAUCGCUUGGCUGUCCAGGCUGGCUACACGGGCGACAAUGUGGAACGUGAGGUGUGGGAGUUCUUGAAGAAUGCCAAGGGUUCGGAUAUCAUCAAGGCGAACGGCGAACUGUGCAUCGAUGAAGAGAAGAAGGAGCGCAUUGGCUUCUCCUUUGGACCCGUGAUUGAACCCUACGAAACCAGCCAUUGUGUGGUGCCCACCAAGCCUAUUGUCAUGAUGCGAACUGCCUGGAGCAAUAGCAUACCUCUGAUACUGGGUGGUGUCUCGAACGAGGGGCUGCUGCUCUACUCGGAGACAAAAUCGAAUCCCAAAUGCCUCAACGAGCUCGACGACUGUCGCUUCGUGGUGCCCAUCGAGCUGGGCAUGGAUCGGGAGAGUGCGUUGUGCAAGGAAUACGGCGAGCAGCUGAGGCAGUGCUACUAUGGCGAUAAGACGCCCAGUCUGGACACGUUACACGAGUACCUGCAGAUGGUCUCGCACGAGUAUUUCUGGUUCCCCAUCUAUCGCACAGUAUUGUCGCGCAUGGAGCACGCACCUGGCGCACCCACCUAUCUGUAUCGCUUUGACUUUGACUCGAAGCACUUUAAUCAUCUGCGCAUUCUCAGCUGCGGCAAGAAGGUGCGCGGCACCUGCCACGGCGACGAUCUCUCCUAUCUCUUCUACAAUUCGCUGGCGCGCAAACUGAAGAACCACACAAGGGAAUACAAGUGUAUCGAGCGACUCGUAGGCUUGUGGACGCACUUUGCCACCUUUGGCAAUCCGAAUUUCGAUCCCGAUCAGUCUGAGCUGUGGCAGCCCGUCUCUGGUGCGGCGCUCGAGAAGCAUCAGCUGAAGUGCCUUAAUAUAUCCGACGAUCUCAAGAUCAUCGAUGUGCCCGAUCUGCGCAAAUUGAUGGUCUGGGAGAGCUUCUUUCGCCGCGACGAGCUGCUCGUCUCUAAGAUCAUGUUGAAAUCCACUAUUGAUACAUUUCAAUGGAAUACUGAAUAUAUUUCAAAUAAAAAAAAGGAAACUGAACAAAAACUGUCAUUUAUUAUUGGCUACUUUGCCAAUGUUAUCAGUACAAUAAUAAUAAUGACGGCGAGGAAAAUUGUGUUUGUGUUAACAAAACUGAAUUUGAUUAAGAGACGAGCACCUGGUGUUUUUACGAAUUAUGAUUAUUUACAACAGGUACUCAGCUAUAAGUUUGAGCAACGAAGGCUGACCACGACACUCUAUUCGGUGGUUAAGACAAAACUUGGCUCCAUUCGCGGCGUCAAGCGGAACACAAUUUGGGGCGGCAGCUACCUCAGCUUUGAGAAAAUACCCUUUGCCAAACCGCCAGUGGGUGAGCUGCGUUUCCGAGCUCCAGAGCCGGUUGAACCAUGGGAUCACGAACUGGAUUGCACAUCGUCAUGUGAGAAACCGAUGCAGACUCACAUGUUCUUUAGCAAGUUUGCUGGCACCGAGGAUUGCCUGUAUCUAAAUGUUUAUGCCAGGGAUCUGCAACCGGAAAAACUGCGUCCCGUGAUGGUUUGGAUUUACGGCGGUGGCUUCCAGGUUGGAGAGGCCACGCGAGACAUGUACAGUCCGGACUUCUUCAUGUCUAAGGAUGUGGUGCUUGUAACCAUUAAUUAUCGACUGGGUGCCCUAGGCUUUCUCAGUCUAGAUGAUCCCGAGGUCAAUGUUCCUGGCAAUGCGGGGCUUAAAGAUCAACUGCUGGGACUGCGCUGGGUGCAGCAGAACAUCGAAGCUUUUGGCGGUGAUCCCAAUAACGUAACUCUGUUUGGCGAGAGUGCGGGUGGAGCUUCGACUCAUCUGCUCUCACUCAGCCCGCAGUCAGAAGGAUUGAUUCACAAGGCAAUUGCGAUGUCAGGCUCGGCGCUGUGUCCUUGGGCACUUCCACCCCGGAACAAUUGGGCACUUCGCUUGGCCGAGAAGAUGGGCUAUACGGGCUCUCCCAAGGAUAAGGAUAUCUAUAAGUUUCUGCGUGAUGCCAAGGGUGGUGACAUUGUUAAGGCAACGGCCCUGGUACUUAACAAGGACGAGAAACACAAACGCAUAUUGUUUGCAUUUGGUCCCGUCGUCGAACCCUAUAAGACCGAGCACACUUUGAUUGACAGUCAACCAUUUGAGCUAAUGCAGCAAACCUGGAGCAAUCGAGUGCCCAUGAUUAUUGGCGGUACCAGCUUUGAGGGUUUACUCUUUUAUCCAGAGGUGAUGCGACGACCGGCUACGUUGGAUGAGGUGGGCAACUGCAUAGAUGUGCUGCCCCUUGAUUUGGGUGGCAGUCUGGAUCCAAAGUUGAGAGAGAACUAUGCAUUGCAACUGAAGCGCGCUUACUUUGGGGAUGAACCGUGCAACAAGGAAAAUAUGAUGAAAUUCUUGGACCUGGAAUCCUAUCGGGAAUUCUGGCAUCCCGUCUAUCGUACAGCUCUUUCUCGACUAAGACAUGCCAGGGCUCCCACUUAUGUGUAUCGAUUCGACUUCGAUUCCAAGCUUUGCAACGCCAUACGCAUUGUGCUCUGUGGCAAGGAUAUGCGAGGUGCGUGUCAUGGCGAUGAUAUGUGCUACCUGUUUAACAGCAUGCUGUUGCAUCAAUCGGAGGUAGGCUCGCCAGAGUACAAGAUCAUCAAAACCAUGAUCGAUGUCUGGACGAGUUUUGCGGCCAACAGUGAUCCCAAUUGUGAGAGCAUUAAGGAGCUUAAGUUUGCACCCCUUGGGGAUGAGACAGACAUUCAAUGCCUGAAUAUUAGUGAGCCGAUCGAGGUAAAGACAUUGCCCGAGCAGGAGAAGUUGCAGCUCUGGAAUAGCUUCUAUUCCAGGAAUAAACUGUAAGGCGCGGAUAGAUUUGAGCUCUCUCUUUUUUUGGUUUUAUAGCUUUGGCUUGCACUCUUAGGGCCUUCUUUUUCGCAUAUACUCUACUCGUAUGUAAAUAUUUUGUUGUAAAUGUAAAUAUGUUGUUUUAAUAUGUAUUUUAUACUGUUAAAUUCCAGCUUAGUCUUAUUUAUUAUUAUUACCGAGUUGUAUUUUGUGGAAAGUUGUCCACAUGGUUUGGUGUAUCAGCUGCAAAUAUACAUAAACUUUAAACAAGCAAAAUAAAAUAUAUAUUUAAUUU